GAAAAUCUCACUCAACCUGCAACCAUGAAAUUCUCCCUCAUCACUGUCCUUGUUGUUGCUCUGGCCAUUGGCUCUGAGUCAGCAUCUCUGGUCAAGAGAGAGGCUCCUGCUGAGCUGGAGAAGAUCGCCAAGUACUUCCAGGAUCUUGUGGACAACCUGAAGAACGUCGAGGGCCCUGAGCUGGCCAACAAGGCCAGUGCUUACUUUGAGCAGAGCAGAGCCCAGCUCCAGCCCAUGGUUGAAAAGCUCCAGGAGCAGCUGAAGCCCCUCUCCAGCAACAUUGAAGACCACCUCAAGCCUCUGGCCGCCUCCGUCCAGGCUCAGGUCGCCCCCCUGGCCGGCAUGGUCCAGUCCCAGGUUGAAGAUGUCCUCAAGUUUGUGGCUGACCAGACCAAAGCCAUGCUGCCUCCCCAGUAAAACCAUUCCUUAGUUCUUUUCCCAUUAUGACACAGUCUCUUUGUAUGUAUGCUGGUAUGUUAGAAAUAAUAAAAAGUAUGAUAAAAAAAAACUGA